AGUACAUAUCCCGGACCACACUAUAAACGUUGUAUACUGCCGUGCGCAACUUGAAGCAUUUCCAGGGAGCAAAUUGUGUGGACUAAAUGGCAUCUCAAUUCGGAUUUGCCGGCCAUAUAUAGGGCAAUUUCGACGAUUGGGGUCGACCACUCAUUGUAACUUCUCCACUCAUGUGCUCCACAUGCUCCACACGAUCCUUCAUCAACCAUAUACCAAAAUGUGGUGGCCACAGAUUGGACUGGACGACUUUCGAGGGGGAUCUGGCAUGGCCGGUGACAUGUUAUGGCGCCGAUGCUCAAACCAGGAUAUCAGUGCAUAAAGAGACCUCCACCCAGGGAUUGGAAGUGACAAGAUUGACUCGAUUGCCCGGUUCGUUGUCUUCAUAACCAUUCAUGAUGCCAUCUCUCAAGUUACUUGGCAGUGCCGCUGCACUGGCUGGUUAUGCCCUUGCACAAGGUGAGGUUGAAUCUAAAGUUGUGUGCGAUGCGGCAACAAAGAUCUGUUAUUCCUCGUAUACCCACACGGAGACUGGCAUUACAUAUGGAGUCGCCCUUCCAAAGAACGCCACCGAUCCCUACGAUGCAAUCAUCAAGAUCACUGCACCAGUAACUAGCCAAUGGGUCGGCUUUGCAUGGGGUGGCCAAAUGGUGUGGGACCCUCUCACUGUCGCAUGGCCCAAUGGGUCUUCUGGGGUUGCAUCAGCCCGCUGGGCUUUUUCCACCGGGAUGCCACUAGGAUACGAUGGCGCCGAGCAUUUCCUACUCAAGGGGACCGGCUCUAACAGCACGCACUGGACAAUCAAUGCUCUCUGCAAAGGCUGCACUGGAUGGCAAUCCAACGAAGACGAACGUUACGCCCUGAAUGCGACCGGCACCACGCAAUUCGCAUGGGCAUACGGAACCACGGCCGUCUCCACUCCCCAAAGCAACGACUCCUCGUUCAGCGUGCACAGUGCCGUCGGUCACUGGACUCAUGAUCUGAAUGCCGCUCGCAUAGAUGACUUUGACUCGUUGGUGAAGACCAAUCUGCUGACUGCCCCGCCCGUAGUGACGAGUGCCCCUACCACGGUGCCUACCACUGUCGUAACAAGCACCAAAACAUCCUCGACAUCGGCCGCCAUCAAAGCCACCAUUCCAGCUUCGUGCUCCGGUGCCGGAAAUCCGGUUUUCCAGGGCAAGCUGGCAACUGGAUGGAAGGCUACCAAGAUCCUAGGCGGCCUCCGGAGCCCUCGUAGCAUCCAGUUCGACACUGCCGGCAACAUGCUCGUGGUCCAGUCUGGCCUGGGUAUCACAUACCACGCUAUGGGAGCCGAUGGAUGCAUCACGUCGUCCAAGACGCUCAUCUCUCUGAACAGUCUCAACCACGGCAUCGCCCUCAGCCCGGACGGUAAGACGCUCUAUGCGAGCUCCAUGACGCAGGCCUACUCAUGGCCAUACGAUGCCACCGCUGGCACCGUGGGAACCCGUGCAACUAUCAUGACGGGUAUGGUUAACGGAGGGUCUCACCUCACCCGCACCCUUGCGAUUCGUCCCGACCAGCCUAACCUGCUCGUCGUGUCUCACGGGUCCAACUCGAACAUUGACGCGGCUACUUCGAACCCUUCCACUGGCCGUGCCAUUAUCAAGGUUUUUGAUCUGACUAAAGUCCCUAGCGGAGGCUACAAGUAUGCGAGUGAUGGAUACACAGCUGGCUAUGGACAGCGCAAUGAAGUGGGCAUGUGUUUUGACAAUAACAACAUGCUCUGGGGCGUAGAAAACAGCGGCGACGACUUCCGCCGCACCGUAAACGGCCAAUCAACCGACGUCCACCAAAACAACCCGGGCGAGAAAAUCCACUACAUGGGGGACAUAACGACGCCCAACACAAACUGGUACGGGUACCCAUCCUGCUUCACAGUAUGGCAGCCGUCGGACUUCCGGGACAAAACCUUCAAAGUCGGCGACUGGUUCGUGCAAGCGCCCAACACAACCUUCAACGACGAUACGUGCGCGCAGAAAGCCGUCGCCCCCGCGCUGACGCUGUUCCCGCACUCGGCGCCCAUUGACUGCAAAUUCGAUCCAGAUAACGCGAAUAUGUUUGUGAGUUUCCAUGGCAGUUGGAAUAGGCAGCCUACCACGGGGUUUAAGCUCGUUGCGGUGCCGUUUCAGAAAAGCAGCGUCGAUGGCAAGUAUGCGCCUGUCGAUCCUAUUACGAGUACCACGGGCGCCAAGGAUAUCUUUUGGAACCCGGAUGUGACGAAGUGUGCGGGGAAUGGACCGGGGAUGAGUUCCGGGUGCUUUAGGCCCGCUGGGUUGGCGUAUGAUAAGGCGGGGAGGUUGUUCAUGACCAGUGAUACUUCUUCGAAUGGGGAGGUUUGGAUUUUGGGGCAGGGUUAG